AUGGCAGACAGCCAGUCGUCGCCCACCGUCAAACCAAAGUCGUCGCCUACCGCACUUUUGGCUGCGGGAUGCAGUCCGGUUAAGCGAAACACCCCACAAACUCGAUCGCAGAAUUUGUCCCCCUCUUUGAAUUCUCCAUCCGUCGACCACCAGGCUUCAGCUCCGACAACCGACAACAUGCCUUUCACCAAGCUUGUCAAGAACGAUGCGUACUUCAGUCGCUACCAGACUAAGUACCGCCGUCGCCGCGAGGGUAAGACCGACUACUACGCUCGCAAGCGCCUGAUCACCCAGGCCAAGAACAAGUACAAUGCGCCCAAGUACCGCAUGGUCGUUCGCUUCACCAACCGCGACAUUGUCACCCAGAUCGUCUACUCUGAGGUCUCUGGCGACAAGGUUUUCGCCUCCGCCUACGCCCACGAGCUGAAGCGCUACGGUAUCACCCAGGGUCUCACCAACUGGGCUGCCGCUUACGCCACCGGUCUCCUCCUUGCCCGCCGCACCCUGUCCAAGCUCGGUCUGGCCGACAAGUUCACCGGUGUUGAGGAGGCUGACGGUGAGUACACUCUCACCGAGGCCAUCGAGACCGAUGAUGGCGAGCGCCGCCCCUUCAAGGCCUUCCUCGACGUUGGUCUUGUCCGCACCUCCACCGGUAACCGUGUCUUCGCUGCCAUGAAGGGUGCCUCCGACGGUGGUAUCUUCAUCCCCCACUCCGAGCGCCGUUUCCCCGGCUACGACAUCGAGUCUGAGGAGCUCGACGCCGACACCCUCCGCAACUACAUCCUCGGUGGCCACGUCUCUGAGUACAUGGAGACCCUCGCCGAUGAGGAUGAGGAGCGCUACAAGUCCCAGUUCGCCAAGUACAUCGAGGAGGAGAUCGAUGCCGGUGACCUUGAGGAGCUCUACCAGGAGGCUCACAAGGCCAUCCGUGAGGACCCCUUCAAGAAGGAUGAGGAUGAGGGCUCCAAGAAGACCAAGGAGGAGUGGAAGGCCGAGUCCAAGAAGUACAAGGUUGCCAAGCUCACCCACGCCGAGCGCAAGGCCCGCGUCCAGGAGAAGAUCCGCAAGCUCGCUGCUUAA